AAUAAGAAUGAAUGUUACAGAGAAACAAAAAGAAAUUAUAUUAAAUUUUAUGACUAAACAUUCUGAUUUCGGUCGGGGGCGGAUAAGAUACAAUAAUGAAAAUAAGCGAAAAAUGGAUGAACUGUGGGAAAAAUUAACAAAAAUAUUAAAUACAGCUGGAUGUGGGCCGUACAAAUCAGCUAAAGAAUGGGCCAAGACGUGGAGAGAUUGGAAAUCCAACACAUUAAAGAAAAUUGCAAAACAGAAGACACAUAUGAUGGGAACAGGUGGUGGAUCACCUGCUAAAAAUCUACAAUUAACAUUAAUUGAACAAAGUUUAUUGGACUUUUUAACUCCAGACGCUACUGGCCUAUCAGGAAUAUCUGAAGGCGGAUUUGAAGAUGUAAUGCCAAAUCAGUUGAUAUUAUGUUCUCAACCCAUUUCUCCUCGAAUACCAAAUCAGGAUUUGGCACUACAUAAUUUUAGCAAUGAAAUAUUCCAUUCAUCUGAAAUUGAAGACAAUAACGUUUCAGAGCAAGAUAAUCAGGCAAUUUAUGCAGCUUCAAGUGCAAAGAGACUUGUAUCGACAAAAUAUUUAAAAGGUACGAAGAAACCAAAAGUUAUGAACACUGUAUUUGAUUUAUCAUCUGAUAAUGAAAACGACGAUAAUGCUUUAGAGCAAGAUAAUCAGGCAAUUUAUACAGCUUCAGCAAAGGGAUUAGUAUCGACAAAAUAUUUAAAAGGUACGAAGAAACCAAAAGUUAUGACCAAUGUAUUCGAUUCAUCAUCUAAUGAAAACGACGAUAAUGCUUUAGAGCAAGAUACUCAGGCAAUCUAUACAGCUCCAAGUGCUAAGGGACUUGCAUCGACAAAAUAUUCAGAAGGUAUAAAGAAACCAAAACUUAUGACGACUGCAAUGAACUUAUUAGAAAGGAAAUCUUCUAUAUCGGAAAACUUAAAACAAAAAAUGUUAGAACUAAAACAAGAAAAACUACAAUUAAACAAAGAAAAAUUAGCAGUUGAUAAAGGUAUUCUGCAAGAACUACAGAAUUUAAAUAAUAAUAUAUUAUCUAUACGAGAAGAAAUUGGUGGACAGUAUUUGAUAAAUUUUCAAGAUUCACCAUAAACUGUCUGACAAAUUUAAGAAUAAUAUGAUUAAUAUGAUUUGUUAGAUCAUUUUGAUUUAUUUUGCUUCCGAAAAGAUUUGAGUAAAAUUAACACGUG